AUGUCAGUUGUCGAGAAGUUUUUUUAUCAUAUUUUGCAAUUCGGUUUCGAAGAAGCUGAGGCAUUAGCUUUUACUAACUUAUUCCAACGAAAGAGUUGUCCUGAGAAACGUUUGAGUAACUCCAACUCAGCACAAAAGCCUCGCUCUUUCCCGCCCCCGCCCAAGUUCCAAAUUUUUCCCUCUCUCAUUACAAUAAAAAUGCAGUUUUCAUUCUUGUGCGCUGUAGCAGCAGCUAUUUCUGGUGUCAAAGCCUUGGGAGAUCUUGGCUUUAACUUAGGUGUAAAGAGUAACGAUGGUAGCUGCAAAACUGCUGAGGAUUAUGCGAAAGACUUUGAUAGUUUAAAAUCUUAUACGUCAAUCGUGAAGACAUACGCCGUUUCUGACUGCAAUACAUUGGAGAUUUUGGGUCCAGCAGCAGAACUGGCUGGCUUCCAAGUGAUUUUUGGAAUCUGGCCAACAGAUGAAGGCCACUUUGCCGAUGAGAAGUCGGCUUUGCAAAGCUUCUUGCCUACUAUAUCUAAGUCUACUGUGAAGGUGUUCAGUGUUGGAUCUGAAGCUCUUUACAGGGAAGAUAUGAAUGCCUCCGAGUUGGCAGAUGCUAUUGACUCCAUAAAAGAAUUGUUGAAAACAAUCAAAGACAAGAAUGGCCAAUCAUAUGAGUCUGUUCCCGUUGGUACCACAGACUCUUGGAACGUCUUAGUUGAUUAUGCGUCGGAGGCAGCUAUUAAAAGUGCUGACUUUGUUUUUGCCAACGCCUUUUCGUAUUGGCAAGGACAAACCAUGAAAAAUGCCUCUUAUUCCUUUUUUGAUGACAUCAUGCAAGCCCUUCAGGUCAUCCAGACCACAAAAGGGCUGACUGACAUUGAAUUUUGGGUGGGCGAAACAGGUUGGCCUACCGAUGGUUCUUCCUUCGAAAGUGCUUCUCCUUCUCUCAGUAACGCAAAAAAGUAUUGGCAACAAGCUAUUUGCGCUAUCAGGGCCUGGGGUAUCAAUACGUGCGUUUUCGAGGCUCACGAUGAAGCCUGGAAACCCGACACCUCGGGAAUAAGCGACGUUGAAAAACACUGGGGUGUUCUUGAUGACUCUUACAAUUUGAAGUACUCUUUGGACUGUGAGUUCUGAUGAUUAUGUUGUAUACCCCCCCAUAAAGACAUCUUUAUGUAACACAAUAUGAAGAAUAUAUUGUUUUCUAUGCACUUGUUUUAUUUCAAUUCUAUAACAGACAAAAUGUUGGCUUCAUUAGUAAUUAGGUAUGAAAGAUCACGGUCACGAACCAAUUCGAAUUUACGAAGCUAAGAGCUUUUUAACGGAGCCAACAUUUCAUUUUUUCUCAUAUUUUGGCACACUUUAGCUCUUGUUUCUGUCUGGCAGACUCA